UCACUCAACGGGGAAAGAACGGUACAAUAUUUGGAUUGGGAUGAGCUUCGCUGGAGUCGGCACAAGAGGAGAUUUCUAGGAUACGGAGACUACACAGGAUUUGGUAAUUUCAACACUUUCGAGGGAGAUCAGGUACGCGUCGCAAUGGAUGAGGGAGCUACUCCACAGCCACUUUCCGGCAAUGGUCGUCGUCAGGGCAAUGCGAACUUCAAUCUACAGCAGGAGUUGAUGUGGAUCAAGCAGGACUCUGCGCAGAUUCGUAACGCAGUGAUGUUGUUGGAGAAAGAGAAGGAUAAUCUGCGCCAGGCAGUGCGCAAGCUGAAACUGGAGAAUGCACGUGUCAAGCAAAAGAUAAAGCGUAUGCAAGAGACGAUCAAUGGUUUGACUGGACAGAACACUGACGCCGACAAUAUCAAAGUUGGUGCUGCCGAGGUGGAUCUCGAUUAUGAUGAUAUUGGACGUGAUUUCAUUCUUGUUGGAGGAACACAGGAUCCACUCAGUCUUCGUUUUGAAGUUACAAUCCGUGAUGAGAGAGGCACUGAGCACAAAUCGGCUGAACGUUAUUAUUGGUAUAAGAUGGCAGAGCAUUUCGAUGAUAAGGAAACAAUGGCGAAGAUUCUUGACGCUCCAACGACGAUCAAGGCUGAGGAGGCAAUGAAGGAAAUCAAAGGAUUUGAUGAAGCGAAGUGGAAUGAGGUCAAAAUGUCCGUGUGGGAAGCGGGCCAACGUCUCAAAUUGGAACAAACUCGUUGGAUUUCCAAUCUCUUAGUGUACACAGGAAAGACGUACAUUGCAGUAGCGUCGCAAGAUAAGACAUUUGGAACGGGAUGGCGCAAAAAUAGAGAUGAAGCUAAUAAGCCGAUUUUCUGGGAUGGCGAGAAUCAAGGUGGUAAAGCUCUGAUGAGACUUCGUCAACAAAUUAAAGAGACACAUUCGUGGUCUGGACCAUAUGAAGAGCAGGAGAUAGAGAAGCGUUAUAAUGAACUGAAGAAGUACGUAUGGCGUCGUAUCGAUCCAACACGUCGUCUCGGUCUGCUGCGAGGUCGUGGUCGCGGGUUCGGACGUCGUGGUGCUUACGGUGGACGUGGUUAUGGUGCGCCGAGUGCAUUUGCCCCGUCGAUGCGUCAUUGA